CUGGGCGUCUGUCUCCAAGACCUCUGGGGAUAGGCGCUUUUGGGCUCUUAACAGCACGCAGGACAAGACAACGAACGCACAACGAACGCUUUGGGCCCAGGUCUCACGAAAUUCGCAAUACCAAACUUGAACUGACCCUGACGCUUUCCUCCGCAAAUGACCCCGCAAACGACGCAUUCACUUUUCUUCUUCCCCCAACCACCAUCUGGUAGAACGCCCAAGCCAUCUGCGUUUCCAGUCUGCGGCACCGACGCGUCCUCCGACGUUCCCCCUGCCUGCGACACUCCGUCACACGACUUUUGCAGUGUCCUGUCGUACGCGAACCUCGAGGACGAUUGCCAUAUUCGCUGGAGCGUUGCGGUCCAUGCUGGAAAAACAUUAGGAAAGGAUCCUCCUGUGAGCGUCUCGUCUACUUCGCUUUGCUUCAUGGUUUGUCCCGUAAUCCCUUCUCGUCUAUGCUGCGAGCUGGAUAGUAUGUUCGGCCUCAGUAUAAGACAGAAUACGUCGAAGAUCUCUGUCCGGAGUCAACCUUAUUUCGCGCUUCGCUCUAACUACGCGUGCAUCACCCCCACGCGUGGCCGUUAAGCCAAGCCAUUCUCCCGUUCUUCUGCUUCUCCUGUCCCCUGGUCUUACUUUCGGUCGUGCUAGAUUUAUUCGACCGCCCGGUCCUGUGAGACCUCACUCCCUCCAUCACCCACCCUUUCAUCUACUUCUCCAAACAGUUUGCUGCUGGACUUUGGCAGUUCCCCACCCUCAGCUGUCUCACAAACUCCGGACCAACCCACCAUGGUCAAAAAGCGUCGCUCAUUACAAGCCAUUCUAAUCCCUCCAUUCUUUCACCCUUCUAUAUCAUCUGAAGAGAACGUGUCGCCGCCGAAUGCGGUCCAGAGGGUGCGCUCUCAGUCCGCUGCGGCAACCACAACAGAAUUCGUAUUACCUCCUGCGAUCCCCAUAGCUGCCUCUACUAGCUCCUCGUCUAGCAGCAGCGAAACACCAAGGCACUCUCCGCCAUCAGAUCUUCUGGAUGAUGAUCCAUUUGCGAACCUAUCUCCGGGUCCCACUGCUCUUGUAUUUGACGAAUCCACCGUUCCUCUGCGACGCUCCUCUUCGGUGCUGACGGGCGUCGCACUUGAUGCUGGCGCGCUGCCUUCCCUGAGGUCUCCACGGGUCACACCACGGUCGCCACUAGUGCACAGCGUCGUUGGUUUGGAUGACGACUACUCGAACAUCGAUGCUGGCUCGCUACCUCCUCCUGCCCCGCCUCCCCCAACCCCUGUCCCCGCUCGACGAGCUGCUACAGUCCUUCCUCGACCUAGGUCUUCUGCUAGUCACGGCCAACCACGUCCAGCACAUACUCGUCCAGCAUUCUACCCCCGGCCUUCCUUGCCUUCCCUAUAUACCUUGGCCCAGAUAAAUGUCGUAGCUCCAAAAGUGAGUUGUACCUCGAUGAUGCACACAUCAAUUAGCUGACUGUCCGAUCAUAUAUAAAGGUGAAACGUGGUCGUGUAGGAGCAAAAUUGCCCGCUGAACCAUGGUCAAUGAUUGACUCGCUCCCCUCUGGUCUAGCGGGACAUAGCUAUUCCAUGUCCCCUUCCGGCUCCAGUUCUGUCACGGAUUCUGACAUGCUAGUGCAAGAACCCGAAUCUUACGACUCUCCUGAUGAUAACCAGGAGAGCGAGCCAGACGUGUCGAGAGAACGUGCCUCGUUUUCAGAAUCCGAUAGGUCUACUCCUUAUAUGUCUGAAGCCGGAGAUGUCCAGACCCGCGCGAGUAUCAUAAGUCAGUCUUCAUUUGAUGCAUACCCGUCAACUCUUAUACCCUUCGAAACCUUCGAUACCCAUAUACCUCGGGGCGUGGAAGAUGAUCAUAGCUCGCCAGAGCCGUCGUUUCCUCCAACGCCGCAGUUCACUGCAGACACACCAGCAUUCUUGAACUUGGGCUAUUCGUCCGUGUUUUCGCAGCAAUCGAGAACCUCUAUUUAUGAAGACCUUUCCGCCACGUUGGAAUACGAUUAUUCUCAGGCGGUCUCACAGUUCUCGUCUUCUGCUUCCGAGCAAGAUGCCGUGUCUUCUUCGCCUUCGCUCGGGGAAAGCGCGCCCUGCGAUUUCCAACCCGGCAGCUCGGUCCAGACCAUCCGUGCGUAUAACCUACACGACCCGCCAUCACACUUCCGUUCUUCGUCUUGCCAGGAUGGCACGGCGCAGGAGCUUUCGCACAUGGAUACUCUUCCUCUCUCACCCACCACAAUCGGGGCCAACAUCGACGCCCCGAGCCGCACUUCCUCUGGGUCAAGUGCGUACGAGGACGACGCCGACUUUUUGACUGUUUACAGCGACUCGAGCGACGAGGAGUACCUGACCGCGCCGUUGUCAAGGUCACCUUCUCCCACAGCUGGGUUGCCACCUCUCGAAGGGUCUGCGGCCCAAUGCUUGCAGCUACCGUACGCUGAAGAGCACGAGCUGAGUGAAAGCUCUGGCAUUGACAUCACGGAGCGACUAUCGCGCUUGAGCAUCUUCAGCCAGUCAGACACAGCCUCUAGCCGAUAUGUCUCCGCGCCGGAGUAUGUAGAUGCCGCAGAGGAAGGCUCUCGCGGAAGCAGAACCCAGUCACACCAUGGCGAGUCUAGUCGUCACAGCGAAAGCAGUGAUAGGCACCAGGGGACUUCUUCGAGCUAUGGCGGCGGACGCGCAGGGGGUAUGGGGUUUGGCGGGGGUUCCGGUGGUGGGCGCCGCGACCGGGACGGUGACGACGAUCGCUACCGACGACCUUACCCACGAAGCGCAGCUCCUGACUACGCCACUCCGGAGACAUCCGAGGAAGAGGACAGCUCCGACGAAGACGAGAGUGGGCGGCCAAAACUGUCUCGUCGCCAGGGCCGUCGCGCUUCGUCUAGUGAGGGGGACGACGUCCCUCUGGCUCAGCAAAUUCCUAGCGCGCUUAGGGCGCAGCGAUCCAUUCGGAUGCAGGUGCGGGAUGAGGCCGUUCAGAAGCGAAGAGCGAAAAGUCUUCGUCGUCCUGGCUCCUCAGGCCACUCAGCACCAGAUCCGCAGCCUGCAUUGCCCACGCAGAGGGUCACUCCCGACCAUUCUGCUGGGGUGCACGUCUCGAGAGCUCCUUCGACAUCCCGUGCGCUACCUGUACUCCAAGAACCUCCUAAACCCACGGGUCGUCCUCGAACCAAGACAUUGCCCAGCCAAGCGGGUGGCAGCCCAUUCGCCGUCGGUGACCUCACUAAAAAGUUGCUCAAUGUGCAUACCGCCCCGCCUCUUCCCCAUUCACCUAUCUCCCCUGCGAGGUCUUCACAUGACCAGCAGGGACCGCAGUCACCGAAGCAAUCCACCAGCCGCCUUCCCAGCCAGCCCGAUCAAUACGCAAACCUGAACCCUGCCGCGCAAGAUGUCUCUAUCGCGCUCCGCCUGCGGAACAUGCGCUCCUUCCAUCGCCCACGGACUACAGGCGGUGAGUCUGAGCCUCCACCGCCCACUCCAUCUGCGGGGGCGCAGCUAGGGCGUAGCAACACGGGCGCUACGCGCCGCCCGCAGCCGCCCGAUUCGCAGCCCGCGAAAUCCCUGCCGCAGAAUGCUGCGCCGAGCCUCGAGAGGGCAAGAUCGACCCGCUCGCAAUCGCGGCGACCGAGCGUCGACAGAUCGGCGCGGCCCUCAGUGGACCAGGACGCCCGGACGCCCAUGCCGCCCAUGCCGACGGUGGUGAAGACGCCUGCGUGGCAGCAGCGCGUGUUCGUGGGCACCCUGCAGCGGUUCUCGCAGGUGGAGAUCACGGCUACGUCGACGGCGCGGGACGUGCUCGAGAUACUGCAGAGCCAGGCCGCUCUGGAAGAUAGCGUUGCCAACGGGUGGAUGAUGUGGGAGGUCUGUCAGGACUUUGGCAUGGGUACGUUGCAAAUGUUUACUGUAACGAUAGUGUGCUCAUCAUCUGUAUCGUAGAACGGCCUAUCCGGAGCUUCGAAGUUCUGUCGGACGUUACGAACUCCUGGGUCACAGAUAAGACCGUGAACAUUCUGAUGGCCAAGAAGACUCUGCUUGCCCCGAAACUCAGUCGGGCUGUAAGUUGCAUCUUCGUAC